AUGUCAAACAUAACCAAUCCAAUGACGUCUUCCCACCUGUCAAGCGAUUGCGACCCCGAGGGAUCGAUGUCUUCGUCCCAACAUACGCACCUUGGAGCUGAAAGCGAGGAAGCCAAAGAGACACCAACUGAAGAUGAUGUCAAAGAAAAACCGUGGAAGUACAUUGGUUAUAAAGGAUACUCUAGAUUCUUGUCGUCAGAGGAUAACUUCUUCCUCCUACGUAGAUUUGAUACCCUCAAUGUUCGGGUAUCGUUGGCGCUACAGGAUGAAGUCUCGGUCCUCGAAGAAGAGCUCGAUGCUUUCGACAGCUGUUUCAGUAAGAAAUCUGCAGAUGAUUUCAAUAAUGGUACUUUGAGAGAAGACUUGAAAGAACGUUCGGAUUUGGUCAGGGCAAUCUCGAAAAAGCUGGGGAGAUACAAUGCAUUCCUCAUCCAGCAAAAUACCCUGCGACAGCUUUCCAUCGCGCCUCGAAGGGACAUCAAGAGUCUUCUUAAUUGGCAUUCAAAUCACGAUAAUAGUGCCAUUGCAGAACAGGAGCAGAAGUACUUGAGAGAUAAGAAUGACGUUGUAGCACUAGCUCAAAAAGAAAAGACACCCUUACGACAAGUGAUCGAUGGAUCUCUUCGCCUGCGGACACUCUCCUUAUGGAAGUAUAAGGAGGACGAGGCCGAGAGUUACGAUCAGGGAGAUGUCACUUAUUACUCCGACAAACGAAUUGACAGCUUCGCCUCGGCAGUUAUUAUUGCCAUUGGCGUUCUGAUGCUCAUCACGCCUAUAUGGAUUCUUCAGGCGUUGACGGAAAUGAAGGCUAAACUCGCAGUCAUCACGGUCUUCAUCUUCGUCUUCCUCCUCGUUCUUUCCCUAGCCAUGGUGGCGAAACCUUUCGAAGCACUGGGUGCAACUGCAGCGUACGAUGCUCUCUGCCUCCCAAUACAAAUACGCGGCGGUACUGAUGGUUUUCCUUCAAAUACAGUCAGGAGACUCUUGAUCGCAGUCUUGCAUGAGCUCAGGGACUUUGAUAGUUUGAGACAGCUUGACGAACAGUUACCUUUUAUACAGGAUGUCAAGCAAUUCAUCAAGGUUGGAGGCAACCUUGAUACCACAGCCCACAGUUCCUCUAUAGCUGAGCAAAGUUAG